AUGGUGUGUGUAGUAAUCUCAGCGCUGUUGAUGGGUUUACUUGUCAAAUCCUCUCAGACAGGCAAUAUAUCAGCUCAACCAGUAGAAAAUGUUACUAUUUGGUGUAAACAUGCAGGUGUUGGACAGUACAUACACUGGUUCAAGCAGACACACGGUGCUGUUCCUCUUGGCAUUGUCUACAUGAUGUUACCCUUUAAUGUCAAAUUAAAUGCAAUAUAUUUAAAUAAUUUUCUACCAGACCGUUUUGUGAUGUCUCUGAAUCGCAACAACACAUCCUUAAGUAUUUUGAACAUGAAUAUUAAUGAUUCUGGUCAUUACUUCUGUGGUUGGGGCUCUUGGAAAAUGAUGUUUGGUGAUGGAAUACACCUAAACAUUGAAGAUCUCAAGAGUGACAUUUUAAAAGACAACUGUCCUGGAAACAUCUACUAUAACCUGACUUUUAUUUUUGAUGCAGAUCGGCGUGUAACACAUCAUGGGGAGGCUCAUUCAUCAGUGUAUGCGGCUCUAAGAUUCUCAAAACAGAAAACCAGAAGAGCAGCCAGACAAGAUACAGAUGUUGUGUUUUCUGCUACUAGAUGA